AGUUUUUACGUUGUAAUUAAUAAUCUAAAUAAUCAAUAAUAAACAAUAUCCAACUAGAUUGUUUAUUGAUUAUUAAAGACUACGAAGUAAGUGACAAAGAUGACGAACUAUUGAAAUGAUUAAGGUACAUAUAUGUAUAUAUAUAUAUUACACGUUUCAUGUCUGUAAGUAUAGAGACUAAAAAUUUCUGAAACUCGUAUUCUUAUAGAUCAAUAAAAAUGGCAUUUACUUUAUGGUCACUUUACGAAGCUACUCUGUUAUGUUUAAAUGCUAUUUGUGUGCUAAACGAAGAAAGAUUUCUUGUUAAAAUUGGAUGGGCCUCAUGGCAAAACGUACAAGGAUUUGGUGAACCACCUACAGUUAAAUCACAGAUGUUAAACCUUAUUAGAUCUGUAAGAACAGUUGCGAAAGGAAAGAAGAAAAUAAAUGAUCACCGUGAUGAAAGAUGCAGACAGAAACAAAAUAAGCUAUGAUUUGAAUUUUCAAGAUUUCAUCCAUAUGUUAUAUUAAUUCAAGCUAAAUAUAUAGCGAAAUUUUACGAUAUAUUUUACUUUCGAAUGAACAAAUGUCUAUUUAUAUUCCAUAUAAUUAGAUACUUCUGUAUCUUCGUUAAAAGAUAUACUAUAACCUAUGAUAAAUUAGAUCAGUGAGAUAUCUCUCGGUGUACCGUGGGAAAAUUUUUGAAGCUGAAUGAUAGCCGAAUUCGUAAGAUCUCCUUUCACUUUUUUAAGUAUGCCAAUUAUUGUAUAUAUGUUAAGCAAAGCAUAUCAAUAUUUCGUAAAUUGCUCGUGUUGUAUUUUUGGCUUAAAUGUUGUUAUUUUUGUAGACUUUAUAUAAACUUUUUAUGUUAGAUA